CUUGCUCUUAGUUUAAGCCAAGUGUUUCACUACAAAUUUUUCCUCAAACCCCACAUAAUUAACCAAGUUUUCUAAUAUCCCAAUUCCCUAUUUUGAUCCUUCAAUUAGGUUCAUAGUUGGUGGUAGUGGCUAGUUUAAUUUCACCAUAUAUGGCACCACAUGGAGAAUCUUUGCCUAGUAGCACUUUCUCUACUAGGAGCAACAACAACAUAUUAUCAAAGCCACCAAAGCUUUCAUCUGAGAAUCUUCAAAGAACCAUCUCGGACAUCUCCUUCGAGCUAGCGAAAGAAGCCAUGAUCGAUUCUUCUAAGAAUAAUAACAAUACCAAGCAGCUUUCGUCGAUAUCCGAGGUUGAAGUAGAUGGAAAGUGUGAGUGUUGUGGCAUGUGUGAGGAGUGUACUCUUGAGUACAUGGACCGCGUCCGCGACAAGUUCCUAGGGAAGUUUGUGUGUGGUUUGUGUUCUGAGGCCGUGAAGGAAGAGUUGGAGAAAAAUGGAGGGAAGAAAGAAGAGGCUUUGAGUUCACACAUGAGUGCAUGUGUUAGGUUUAACAAGUUUGGAAGGGCAUUUCCGGUAUUGUUUCAAGCUGAAGCAAUGAAGGAGAUGCUGAAGAAGAGUAAGUUUGAUGGAAAAAUUAGGGCUAAGUCUAUUAGCCCUAGAGAGAAAGGAGGAGGGAUCAUCAAUAAAGGAGGGCUUGCUCGUAGUUCAAGUUGUAUUCCAGCAAUCACAAAAGAGUUAAAUGAAAUCAAAAUAGCUCAUUAAUUAAUUUUUGGUAAAAAUUCAGGUUCAGUUUACUUCACGUGUAGCUAAUGAUUCUCUACUAUUAACUUCACGUGAAGUUGACUGCAGCUGAGUUUCUACUUUAAUUUUAUGUGUUUGAAUGAUACUAUAAGUACAGUUAAGUUUGAGUUAAGAUAAAAGAACAUGGUUACUCACAUGAAUAUGAAUAAACUUUAUGUUUGAAUUAAGAUAAAAUGUUUUUUGCUGUAUUAAAUUAUUAUUGAUAAUUUGAUACUAGCUUUCUAGCUAGGUAUAUGGGGACAUAGUCUUGUAUAUUUUAUACAUGUCUCCAAUAGUUUCUCUUCUUAGUGCAGAUUAAAAUAUGCUUCAUGAAACCCCAAAGUUGAUUCUUAGGU